UUUUCCCGAUGAAUUUUCCAUCUCAGUUCCAAGCUUUUCGUCAGUGCGAGCUGCUGCUAGUGUGAGCCUGAAACUUUUCCACAUCGCAUGUCUAUGCCGCAAUGAGCUGUCUCAAAGGAAAUCAUUUUAUUCUGUGCUGGAAAGUCAAUUUUUUGUGAUAAUCAUUAGCAGCGAAGAAAGUUUGAGUGUGUGUAUAAAUUUCACUCAAUGUAAUCUUGACAAAUGCGAUAGAUUCAGAAGAAGAAAAAACAAUUUUCAAAUAGCCUGCAGCUGCCAGCUGAACGCUUAAUAUCCUUGAAGAAGAAAAAAGUAAACGGAAUGAAAAUCUACCGGAACUAGACACAUCGUAGUGCAGAGCCUGUGGCGGAAUUACGUACUUUUUUGCUACAUAGAGGUUUGCAAUGCAGUGCAAAAUUAUAAGCAGAAAAAGUGCGGCUAUCAGGAGAAGAUAAAGUAAAUGAAAAGCAGUAUAGCGGAUGGGAUAUUUGCAGCAGAGGGAAAGUAAGCAGAGGAGGGACUAGAUCUCUGCAGGAAAAUCAAUGGUGGAACAGACGAAAAUGUGAUAUUUUUGACUUUCAAAAUAAUACACAUAAGAUACAAAAGGAAGAGAUAAGAGAAAAAGAGAGAAAAGCGUGAGCGCUAGUCGGAAAAGCAAAAAAAAGGAUAACAUAGGAAGAGGGAACGGUAACUGAAAUUCGCGACAGCUGGUACGAGAGUGAGUGCAAGCAUAUAACAUGAGAGAGAGGGAAAAUCAAAAACUCAAAUAAAAUUAGUACAGUUUUUCUACUUCGGUGAACUUUGCUCGUAAAGUUGUAAAGGCGACCCGAUGCCUUAUUCAUCUUCCACGGUAGAAUAAGAACAAGGCAAACAGAGAACUCACGGGUAUAAGAAUGGGAUUUUAAUCGGUAGAGCUUUUCGUGGUAACAGUGGCUAUUACUUGGUUAUUGGCAUCGGCACAAGUAAUAGAAUAAGGAACCCUGGAGACGAAAAAUAACUGUUUGUGAACUUUUCCUGAUAUCUGAUCAAUCCUGAUUAUUCACUCUCUCAAUCCAGUGCCGAAGUGCUGAUAUAGAUCUCUCGUUACUUCUCUUAUAUUCUCGCAUUUGUUGAGAGAACUGUUAUAAGGAAAGAUCUACAAUUACAGUACAUAACCAGAUACUCAUGUUGAUGUUCCAUAUGAAAAAAGAAUACCUUUCCAGAGCUACGAAUCGUCCAGUGAAUGUAAUGUAAAGCAUAGCCAUUGCUGUGUGUUCCUGUUGUUCAUUCAAUUUCUCGAAAUUGUGUGAGCCAACAAUUCUAUACAACGAGGAAAAUAUGUUGAAGACCUUCGACAUCGUAAUGUUCGCAGAGACUGUUCAGAAUAAUACACGUUAACGAGUUCAUUCAAAGCAGAAAUAGAGACAUCAUUUGUUAACCAAAAAAAAUAUCUGGUAGUAGAUUUUAGGCAGAACAGAUACAUACAGUUCAAGUGUGUAAGCGAGCAUAGCAUAAGUGAAACCAAUUACCUUCCCUGCAUCUCUUAGUAAGUGGAUGUGCAGUAUCAAUUAACCAAUUCAAUCGGAAGGAUUUACAAACAGUGCAGUGAACAAUACAGCGGAAGAACAGUACUUGGGAAAUCGGUAUCUUCAAUAAAUGCUCUCAAUAGUCUUAUAGCUUUAUUGGUGACUUCUCCAAGCCAUGGAGAUUCGAGGCCUAACAACCCGAUUGCUGGGUCCAUGUCACUUCCGGCACUUCAUACUGUGCAGCUUGGCACUUCAUUCAUUUCUGGUGCAGUCAGUCCAUUGUCGACAUCAUGACAUCGGUAGUUCUGCGGUGCAUCAGCUAGGGUCGAAAUAUUCACAAUCAUCCUCGUUAUCGUCAUCCUCGCAACCGUCGUCCUCGUUAGCAGAAGAGCCGAUGCUGAAUAAAGAUUCAGAUGCAUUUUUUACACCAUAUAUAGGUCACGGAGAUUCUGUUCGAAUUGUAGAUGCUGAACUGGGUACUUUAGAGCGCGAACACAUACACAGCACUACGACCAGACGGCGCGGAUUAACAAGGAGGGAAUCGAGUUCCGAUUCAUCUGACAAUGAUCCGCUUAUUAUCAACACUGACAAGGGAAAGGUUCGGGGAGUAACACUUGAAGCACCCAGUGGUAAGAAAGUAGAUGCAUGGAUGGGCAUUCCAUACGCACAACCUCCUAUCGGACCGCUCCGAUUCAGGCAUCCACGACCCGUCGAAAAAUGGUCUGGUAUCCUGAAUGCCACAAAGCCACCAAAUUCUUGUGUCCAAAUUGUGGAUACCGUGUUUGGAGAUUUCCCGGGUGCCACCAUGUGGAACCCGAAUACACCAUUAUCCGAAGACUGUUUAUAUAUUAAUGUGGUUGUGCCACAUCCCAGACCAAAGAAUGCCGCUGUGAUGCUGUGGAUUUUCGGCGGUGGAUUUUAUUCCGGUACAGCAACGUUGGACGUGUACGACCAUCGCACUUUGGCGUCGGAAGAAAACGUUAUCGUAGUUUCAUUGCAAUAUCGUGUUGCCAGCUUAGGAUUCCUGUUUCUCGGUACGCCAGAGGCACCAGGGAAUGCUGGUCUGUUUGAUCAGAACUUGGCGUUAAGGUGGGUUCGCGACAAUAUUCAUAGAUUUGGUGGAGAUUCUUCGAGAGUGACACUAUUUGGAGAAAGUGCCGGAGCAGUGUCAGUGUCGUUACAUUUAUUGUCAGCUCUAUCGCGAGAUUUAUUCCAACGUGCUAUUCUCCAAAGUGGAUCUCCCACUGCACCAUGGGCUUUGGUUUCGAGGGAAGAAGCUACUCUCAGAGCGCUUCGACUAGCCGAGGCAGUCAACUGUCCGCACGAUGCAACGAAGCUCACCGAAACAGUAGAAUGUCUCCGCAACAAAGAUCCAAAUGUACUUGUCGACAACGAGUGGGGCACAUUGGGGAUCUGUGAAUUCCCGUUCGUGCCUGUCGUUGACGGAGCAUUCCUAGAUGAAAUGCCACAGCGUUCGUUGGCCAGCGGUCGAUUCAAAAAAACUGAUAUUCUGACUGGAAGUAACACUGAAGAGGGUUACUAUUUUAUAAUUUACUAUUUAACUGAGUUGCUUAGAAAGGAGGAAGGAGUCACAGUAUCACGCGAACAGUUCCUCCAAGCAGUUAGAGAGUUGAACCCAUAUGUCAACGGUGCGGCGAGACAGGCAAUCGUGUUCGAAUAUACGGAUUGGACCGAUCCAGAAAAUCCAAACAGCAAUCGCGAUGCCCUCGAUAAAAUGGUUGGAGAUUAUCAUUUCACGUGCAACGUGAAUGAGUUCGCGCAAAGAUACGCCGAAGAAGGGAACAAUGUGUUCAUGUAUUUAUACACUCACAGGAGUAAAGGCAAUCCUUGGCCCAGAUGGACUGGUGUUAUGCAUGGUGACGAGAUAAACUAUGUGUUCGGGGAGCCGCUGAAUCCAACACUUGGAUACAUGGAAGACGAAAAAGAUUUCAGUAGAAAAAUAAUGCGAUAUUGGUCCAACUUCGCCAAAACUGGCAACCCUAACCCAAGUUCUCCGAGCUCCGACUUCCCUGAAUGGCCGAAGCACACCGCUCACGGUAGACACUAUUUGGAACUUGGACUCAACACAACGUUCGUGGGACGAGGUCCUAGGUUGCGACAAUGCGCAUUUUGGAAGAAAUACUUGCCGCAGCUAGUAGCAGCUACCUCCAAUCUACAAGUUACUCCAGCACCUAGCGUACCUUGCGAAACCAGUGCAAGCAGAUCCUAUCAACCCUUUCUAUUUCUAGUUAUAAUUCUAGUCCUAUUAGCCCAAAUCGAGAAGUAAUUUCUCUAUUUUGUUAUGCUUACAAUAUCAGUUAAGAGAAAGAUGAACUAGAAUGCAUCAAUACUACUACUAUUAAUGAUAAUAAAAGUAAUGAUAAUUGAAAUGAAAACAAUAAGACCGUACUAUUCAGAUUUUCUCAGUAAUUUAUCGAUUCGAGGCGAACGAUUCCCUUUGUGACGAUCGUAUGGUUAAGUUUAAUUAUUUUUCAAUGAUAUUAUGUAAGCGACGGUGAUAAUUUACUACUCAUGAAACUCACAAAAAACUUCCUGUUAUGAAUUGUGAUGAAAGUUUCGCUUAAACCCUUUAACCCAUAAAAGUUACUUAAUUUUUAGAAAAGGGAAUUUUUGAACAAAUCUUACAGCUACUAGGAACAAGUGAAAACUAAAACCAGCUCAGUAAUUUCAAAGAGAGAUUGCUUUUAAAAUCAAAUAUGAAGGAAAUGUCUUUAUAAAUUUCAGAUCAAUAUGAGAAAAAUUCACGAUACAAUAAAUCCGACACACCUAAUUCUCGAAAUCAAUAAGUUACGUUAUUGAAUUUUGAACAAACUUUCUAUUUGAGCCACAUUAAGCCGUUGUUAUACAAGACAUAUAUAGAAUGAACGGCGCGAAACGAUGAUGAAAUGGAAUUGUAGAAGACAUUUGCAACACACAUUAGGCAACAAUAGUCAAUGUUAGAUUACCUUAACCUAGAGCAUUAAAAUUCAGAAUGCGGAUAACACCUUCAAAAUAAUCGAAACAAGAUAAAACUGAAAACAUAUCAUUAUAUUAUGCAACUUCGUUGUAUGCUAUUGACAGAAAAGAAGAAAAACAAAUGAAAUCACCCAAGUGUAGUUAAAUAUUUCUAUACAAUUUAUGGUGGCCAAUUUUAAUACGAUAAAAAAAUGCUAGUUGGGAGAAACAAAACAACUAAAAAAGGUAAAUGAAAUGAAUAAAGGGAAACCUCUGUGUACCCAAUUUCUUUAGCUGCGAGAAAGAAGUUUGAAAAAUCUUCUAUACAAUAUUAAGACUAAGAGUAUAGUAGAAACACAUUAGAAUACAAAAGAAAAAAAUAACAAAACGCUAUAAAAAAUAUAAUAUAAAUGAAACAAAUGCGACUGUGUUUAGGCUGCGACGUUUGGAUGUUGAAUUUCUUUACUAGUUGCACUCAUUCUCUCAAAACACUAGAAGAUUGUAGUGUAUCAUUGAAGUGUAUCAUUUUAUUUCUAAAAUAUUAAGCUUUACCCAACAAAAAAAGUAUUGUGAUUAUUUCAUAUGCAAAGAUGUCAUGAAAUUUAAUAUUUAUCAAAAUUUAUCUCACCGAAAGUUUGCUAGCUUGAUAAAAGCUAUCUUCUGAAAUUAUGAAUUUGUUCACUGUUUCUUCUAUAUUAACAACUCUAUUACACAACAGAAACACGCUGAAAUUUAGUUUUGGUAAAAACCUAAACUUCAAAUUUAUGGUCCACUUCAAUGUAAUUACAGUGAGUCAAUAAUGAGUUAGGGAAGUAUGAUUAGGUUACUGCCGCCUCAGUUCUUAAUUCGGCUAUUAUAUCUACGUCUCACAGUAUUCAUUUCGUCAUUUUGAAAUUAAAACCGAAAAGGCAGCGGCAGCGGUGAUCACAAACUUCUGCGUUAGUUACAUACGUACAUACGUUACAUACGCGUCUUGAUAUUCUAGUCCCCUAAAACUCAAAUUAAAUCAGUAUUCUAUGUUCAUAUUAUCAUAUAAUUUUGUUUUUCAUUUUGUGUCGGGCAACUUUCGGUGAAUACGGACCAAUUUUUGAACAAUAUAAGCUAAACCUGUGAAUGAUCUGUGAGCUAUUCGUAUGUUUAAUCAAUAUACAAUUGUAUUACUUGAAAAAGCAAUGCUGCUAUUUAUCGCUUCUCAGUUCUUGGGAAUCUCAUUCGGCCUCUGAUAAUAUAAACUGAAACAGACCAUCCAGUUAUGUUGCCAUUUGUUCGCUUAUGAUCUUGCAGGUGUAUGUUUCUAAGAGAUAGAAAGAGAGAUAGUCAAAUAAUUUUUUUUGUGAGCAAAACCACGGAAAAGCAGUGAGUACAAAAAUUACAAAGCAAACAGUGUUAGUUUCAACUCAAAGUAGAAAAAAAUUGGCGUCCCAGUAAAUUGAAUUUACCACACAAGUUACAAGAAUAAGAGUUGGUUUAAGAGCAACUGAAAUGAGAGACGGAAUAUAUUACCAUUUGUUUUCGUAAUUUCCAAGGUUAAGAUUUAUAGCACCCAAAACAAUUUAUCAAACAAAUUAAACAUCUCUUUAAUACAACGGAAUCAACGAUUGCUAAAAUAACCAAUAAAAAAACAGCUAUAAUUUAAGUUGAACAUAAGCCGAUGAAAAUCGUUUAACGUAAGUAAUGGACAAAAUUAAAAUAAAAACUAGUUCAGAUAAGUAAUAUAAGUGAAGAGAAAGGAGAUUGGAAUAAAAAUGUUCAUAACACAUAUCAUUUAAUCUUAGAAUGUAUAAUCAUUUUAGGAAACAAAUAUUUUAAUUAAAAAUAUCUAACAUAAAUAGCGGAGAUGUAAAAUUAAACGGAACGCCACGUGAGUAAAAAGAGCAGGAAUACGCUUCUUCAAAUUGAUAUUAUUGUUUACUUUUGCACAUUAAAAGAGACUAUGUAUUUAUAUGUUAACUUUCAUUGCCUUGGUGCAAGUGAUAAUUUAGAAGGUAUAAUAUUUUCAAACAUCAGAAAUCCAUUUCUUAAAUAUAUGUCAACCUGUUUAUGAGCACAUGUUCACUGAUGAAACAUAGCAUAACAACAAGUUUUGGUACGCCUACCAAUAUUAUAGUUCACCGCUCACUUUCCAAUAAAAUGCUUUCAGAAUCCUACUCAGAAGAUCCCACACGUAGCUUCUUUUGACUAAAGUGGCAUAAACUAUAUCUGGCCUAACGAUAUCAAACAUCAGACCUGCACACAAAUAUUACUCUUAUUAAUGCUUUCAUUAAGUAGAGCGAUGAAUUUUAUUGAAUAAAAAAAUAUUAUCAACUCUCCAACUCUCCGAAGUCAAGAAAACAAUUAAAGCAGCAUUUAAUUAAGCCCAUGAAUAUUACAAUGUACGAACUAUUUAUGGGAUAAUAACAAAUAGUUUUACUAAAUUAAAGCAAAUAGUUUAUUUUUGUUACCAAUUUCUUCUUAUACAAAACAAAUGAAGUUUCUGCUAUAUUCAUUAUUUAUUAUAAUAGAUUUAUAAUGAUUAUACAUAUUAGAUCUCUAAUUGAAUACUAAAAUAAGUAUGAGAAGUAAAUUUUAAGAAAUGGCAAAUACUAAUUGAACUAAAAU